AUGAAGCUCAUCAUGCGUGUUCUGAAAAGGAAGAUUCUUGUGUGUUGUGUAAUACUGAUAUCAUUUGCUGUUGCUGUUCUUCACUGGACAUCACAAACACCAACUUUGGUCAGCUUGGUCAGCAUUCAGAAACAAGCUGAGUCCACCAUACAGAUGCUGCUGGAGAGUAAUCUUAAUCAGUUGAAGAAUUACAGCAGUAUUCCCUACCACCUUAAACCCUCUCUAGCAAACGCCGUUGCCAGAAAUGGAUGUGUUUGUGAAGGAGAUAAAUGGCGCAUUAAAGUGCCCUUCGGUGACCUGCUGUUUUCUCAGGUUUGGGCUGCGGACCUGCACACCGCAUUCAGAGCCUCAGAUCUGGAUAACAUAAACCAGCGCAGGCAGAAGGAGUACCUCAACUUCCGCAAAAGGACUAAUACAGCUGCAGACCUUCUUAUUGUUGCUCAGGCCAACAGCCCUCUUCAGUACCCCACCCAGGGUGUUGAGGUUCGACCUAGGAAGUCCACUUUAAUUCAUGGUUUGGGUCUAAACUACAAAUCCCAGAGUGUUUAUUCAGUCAGUUUAACUGCAACUAUGGGAACCUUUGAUGUAGCAGCUUUGGUGGACGGGGUCCAAAUCAGUGGUGAAGGAGAGAUGCACAUGAACAUCUCCAGUUCACAGCUUUCUGCACUCAACAGACAACUGCAGUUCAUCACCUACACUAAUACAAUUUUUCAUCCCAAUACUGUAGAUGUUGUUCAGUUUGGAACUGAAGGUUUCCUGGCUGCAUUUACCAUUAAAAUCCGCCAUGCAAUACCUCCUAAGCUCUACGAUCCGGGUUCUAAAAAAGAAUACAACAUAAGUGCACUUGUCACCAUUGCUGCAAAAACAUUUCUGCGUUACGACAAGCUUCAGGACCUGAUUGACAGCAUCCGUCAGUUCUACCCGACCAUCACUAUAAUCAUUGCUGAUGACAGCGAGCACCCGAAGCCUGUAACCGGCCCUUAUAUAGAGCACUACAUCAUGCCUUUUGGAAAGGGUUGGUUUGCUGGCCGUAAUCUUGCCAUAUCUCAGGUGACCACCAAGUAUGUGCUGUGGGUGGAUGAUGACUUUAUCUUCACCUCCAAUACAAAAUUGGAGAAGAUGGUGGAGGUUUUAGAAAGCACCACUUUAGACCUGGUAGGGGGCGCAGUAAGGGAGGCAACAGGAUAUACUGCCACCUUUCGACAUACACUCUCAACUGAAGAAGGUGGAGAAAAUGGGGACUGUUUACACUACAGGAAAGGCUUCUACCAUGUCCUCGAAGGAUUUCCUAAUUGUGUGGUCACAGAUGCUGUUAUCAACUUCUUCAUGGCUCGUACUGAUAAGGUGCGACAAGUGGGCUUUGACCCUCGCCUGGCACGAGUGGCACACCUUGAAUUUUUUGUUGAUGGACUCGGCUCUCUCCACGUGGGUUCUUGUGAUGAUGUCAUAAUCAACCAUGCAUCCAAAAUCAAAGCCUUGUUGCCAUGGGGAGAGACGGAAACUGACAAAGCCUAUUCUAAAUUCCGCCAUCACAACACCUCAAGUAUCCAGAAUGCAUUGUAUUACUUCAAGAACCGCCUUAAAUGUAUAACCGGUAAUUAA